AAGGCGAAAGGAUUGUUGAAUCUCCAAGUGUUCAUGCCAUUUUGUCUAUAAAAACAUCUGUUUCCAUUGCAGCACUUGUGUGAAAAAAAACUGCCUAUUGGCUAUCUAACUUAUGGAGUGCGGAAGAGCCUCCUCACCUGAGGAGCUCGUCGAUUCUUGGAAUGGCGAAUGCAAUGUUCCCCUCCGUGUAUUCUCUUCUGAAGAACUCCUCAAAGCAACCAAUAACUUCCACCCUCAUAAUAUCAUAACCGAAGAUGCGUUUUAUUUACUAUACAGAGGCUCUUUCGAAGAAUGCCCAGUUUUGGUUAAGAAGUUCGGAAAAGAAGGUAGCUUUUGGCCCCAUGAAGACAUCAAUUUGUAUGCUACCCACGACAUGGCGAUAACAUCGCAGGUAUGCAAUCACAGAAACGUCCUCAAGAUCAUCGGUUGUUGCCUUGAAUUCCAGUUUCCAACUCUGGUGUAUGAUUGCGAAACAAGUAUUCAAGUUCUCUCCAAUGGCUUAUCUGAAAUGGACCGAUCAAGCGACAAUUUAACGUUGGCAUGGGAAACUAGGCUGAGCAUUGCAAAUGAUAUUGCUAGGGCCCUUGUGCACCUCCACACCGCGUUUUCCACACCCAUUGUCAACAGGAACUUAAAACCGGGAAAUAUUAUCAUUGACCAAAACGGUGUUGCUAAACUUGUGGAUUUCUCUUUGGCAAUACGGAUCCCUCCCGGAGAAUCCCAAGUUGAGGAUAUAGUAGUGGGGACAUACGGGUUUGCGGACCCCGAGUAUGUUGCCACUGGCAUUGUUACAGUGAAGACCGAUGUUUAUGCCUUUGGCAUGACUAUGCUUGAACUUUUGACAGGGAAAAGGACUGUGGAUGCAAACCGGGGAGGAAGUCAUUUAGAUAACCUUGUGAAAAUAUAUGCAAACAAGGAUGAUCAGUUGAACGAAGUUGUUGAUGCAAGGAUGAUAGGGGAUGGAAUAGGAGUUGAUCAGGAGCAGCAGUUUCGGGCUUUUGUGGAGCUUGCGUUGAGAUGUGUCGAGGAGAAGAGAGAGGAUAAGCCGGAAAUGAAAGGCGUGGCAGAUGAACUGAGCCAAAUUCGAAGGUCUGUUGAUGCUAUUAAUUAGCUCAUUCAUAAUCCAUGUUCAAGUAUCACUGGUGGACAGGAAGGGCGUGGGCAGGACACGACACGACACCUCCAAACUUUUAAAUCUAAGUAUUCUAUGUUUAUUUUAAAAUAGAAAAGUAAAAUCCAGUAUCAUCUGGCUGGGCUACAUAGUUGUCUUCUAGUCAGUUUGUCCCCAGCUUGGUUACUGCUUAAGGCCUGCAUUUUGGGGUCAGAUCCCAUUCAGGUUCUACAGACAAAUUUGGUCCAA